AUGGGUGGAUAUAUCUACUUGUCUAAGGGGUGUGAACACGACUUACGCAGGGAACCAUGUGAAGCUUCAUUAUGGUCAGUAAAACAAAAAACCCGAGCACACUCACGAGGAAGAUGA